UGUAAACUUCCUGUCUAUCUCUCAGUUUCACACCAUCAUUCCCUCAGACACCAUGAUCCUCAUCCACACCUUCACCCUGCUGCUUCUCCUCACACUCUGCCCAGGCAGUGGAGCAGGGGUUGAUUGGGCGGAAGAGACAGUCUACGCUCUGAUUGGUCAGUCUGUGGAUCUGAUCUGUAGGGUAAACAGCAGUGGUAAUGUUAUACAGUCUCAGUGGAGCCGCUGUCCGGAUCGUAUCAUCGUGGUUUUUCGCUCGGAGCAGAAAUAUGAAAUAUCUGAUCGGGAGUAUCAGGGUCGCGUCUCCAUCCAGCAGUACCACACCCUCACCCUGCAGAGCGUACAGCGGGACGACUUCGGGAUGUACUGCUGCAAACUCAUCACCUUCCCCAGCGGCACUCUGGAGGGACGAGUCCACCUGCUGGAGACACCAGAUCUUUCCAAUAUGACCACAACAUCUCAUCCUUCCCCCUUUACCCACCAUCCGGCAGCAGAUACUCCCAGGAACAUCUCAGGAGAACCCAACACAACAGUGUCCCACAAUCCUCAGCAGGAAGCAGGUCUGUCGGUGAUGAUGAUGGUGGUGUAUAUCAGCUGUGGUUCUGCAGGAGCUCUACUGCUGCUGCUGGGGAUCAUCAUCUUCCUGCUGUGUAGAAGAAGGAGGAGGAGAGUGUUGCGUAAUCCGGUGUAUGUACCUGGGCGAUCAGGCACUGCCCCUCCAAAUCUGCCUCAAACCAAUGACCCCUUCCUCAGCCACGCCCCCCAGCAAGGAGACACCAAAAGGGCGUGGGAUGAAGAUGAAGAUGAUGAAGAUGAAGAGAUGUACCUGAAUGUUCCAAAAAAACAAUAAAGAACUCUCUUAAACAGUCGAAAACAAGAGACUUAACCUUUUUAUUUGUUUGGAUCCAGAUCCCAACAAUUCACAACGAUUCAAAGUUAUUUACAAUAAUUCAUAGUGAUUCAAAACGAUUCAAAGUGAUUCACUGCAAUUCACAACAAUUUACAACAAUUCACAACGAUUCAAAAGGAUUCACAA